UGGACGCAGCAAAUGACACGAUAGACGCACGCGGCUAAAGCUAAUAGAAAUGGUAAAAAGGUGUUGUUGGGGCAACUGCAAUACAGAUACACGCUAUCCCGAUCGGCUGGAGGGAAAUGUCGUUUUUAUUCCUUUCCCUAAACCCAAAUCUAACCUGGAGAAAUGUCUGCUGUGGAUUAAACUUUGUGGAAGACCACAUUAUCAGCUCAACACAGAAACUAUCAACAAGCACACGUACAUCUGCUCAAAGCACUUCAUCAAUGGAGGGCCAAGUGAGACUUGUCCCAACCCCAUGGACGCGAGGAGCAAGAUAGUAACCAUGUGCACAGCUGAUCCACCAGAACGAGAGACCACUCAGGAGGAUACAGAGGGCUGGACUAUAAAGGAAGAAGGUGAAACUCCAGAAGUGUUCACAAGAGAACUCAAAAUGGAACCACAAACAGAGGUACAAACAAGGACAGAAAUCAAACAAGAGGACAGUGGUGCAGAAAACAAGGAAGAGAUCCUAAGAGGUAUUGUGGAAAAACAGCAGCAAGCGAUUGAGGCUCUGAAAGGACAAAUAAGAGAUCAACACUCAACACCUCUUACAAACUCACCGGAUAUUGUCUGGCUCACUCCUGAAGUCAUAAAUAACAGCUCUAUUCCCAAUUUCUUUGAGUACUGUACGGGGUUUACAUACUGCCAGUAUAAUGACCUCUGUGCAUUCCUGGGAGUACCCAGUAGUGCCCACGCUCCGCAGCAUGAUGCCCCACUUGUAUUUACCAGAUCCACCAAUUCAAGUAAGAGCAUGCCCUUGCGUCUGCAGCUUUUGCUGGUUCUCAUGAAACUGCGGAAUAACUUCGACAUGAAAGACCUUGCUUUCAGAUUUCAAACUGAUUGUCAGAGCGUUAGCAUUAUUUUUGGCUCCUGGAUCGAUUACAUGUAUGACAAGUUGGGUCAAGUGGCAACAUGGCCUCACAGAGACAUUAUAGCUUCACAGAUGCCUGCUGAAUACAAACAGGAAUUUCCGACAACAUUUGCAAAUUUGGCAUUUGUAGAACUGAAAAUUGAUGAGGAAACGUCUCUCGUGUUACAAGGUCAGAGUUGUUCAGACUACAAGUCUUCAAAUAAACUGAAGGGCCUUGUAGCUUGUGAUCCCCAUGGGUCUGUCAUGUUUGCAUCCGCCCUGUACUCAGGAUCUGUUUCUGACAAGGAAAUAUUCAGUCGGUGCCAAAUUAUUUCACUACUGGAAAAUUUGAUCAAGUGUGGACACCUUCAUAAAGGGGAUGGAAUUAUGGUCAACAAAUGUUUCCUCAUCAAGACAGAGGUGGAAGAACUGGGACUAAAACUUAACAUACCACCCAUCGCAGAAUCCAAUGCACAGAUGACUGCUGUGGAUAGAAGAAAAAUGAAGAAAAAAAUGAAGUCCAGGCUGCCUGUUACAAGAGCAAUCGCUAAAAUAAAGAAGUUCAAGAUUGUGUCAAACAGAGUCCUCAACACAAGGCUCAAGAAUAUUAAUGAAAUUUGGUCUGUAGUAUGCAUGUUGUCCAACUUUCAGUCCCACACGAUUUAAAGUCUGACCCAUAACAGCGUCUCUCCACCACAGUACCUACGUUAAGGUGGUAAAGGCAUUGUCUGCCAUAAAGAAUUUUGACCCACAAUAUUGAUUUUUUUUCAUCCUAUUAUAUAUGGUGUGACGACACAGAAGUGUCAAGAAGAAAUUUUAGUCACUUGCUGUCUUGCUAAUAAAG